AUGAUUCAGCAAUUUUUUGGCCGAAGCUUGAAUUGGCAGCAUAAACAGUGUAAAGACCCUCGUCCAAAUCCAGUCAUUAAGACUCUUUUCGUUGAUCAUGUUUGUGAACCACAGGAAAAUGUUCCUUUGCCUCUACCAUUUGAAAACAAUUUGGAAAACUGUUUGUCUUUGUCUCUAUCGACUGGGAACAUUUUGCAACCUUCACAAGCAACAUCAAAUCCACUUCCAACUUCUUCUGCUGAGCUGAGCCAAAAAUUUAUCUGUAACACAAGAUGCGCUCUCUUUGGGAGCAGUAUCUCUCAGUGCUGCAAAGAGCCCAGGUAA